AUGGCUCCGUACCAUGGUAUAAUUACGGCGGGGUUACGAAACAAUCGGCGCUACGCCCCGAAUUCGCUACCAAUUCCGCCCUUACAUUAUAAGAGUCCUGUCAAGCAUCUCGAAAGAGUUUCACCGCCUGUGGUUCUUAGCUUUCCAAAGGGCUAUGAUGUCCCAAUGCGGUCAAGCGAACUUGCACGCAAUCUACCUGGAAUCCACCAUCAAGCUCGUGAAAGAGGCAAUUCAAGGAUCGAUUUUAUGGAGAUAUUUGGGGACACAUUCGAACAUUAUGAUGAUCCUGAUAAGCUUUCAGAGGCGGGGCGAUGGAUUUGUGCGGUCAUAAACAGUUCAGAACAAAUGCAAUAUUGCCCAGAUCCGUUCGGUAAUCGAAUUACUGAUAUGGAAAACCCUCUGUGUUCACGCAUAGAUGAUGUGCUAUUUUAUGGGUCGAUUGGGGACCGGCAAUUGGAAAAUCAUGCCGCGCAACAGAUAUUGCAUCUGCUUCAAGCAAUAAGUGACAUAUUGCUAGAAGAUCGGAGACUUGGUGUCUAUGAUGGAUUUCUAUUUUAUGAGUUUAUCCACACAGCACUUCGCCUGGCGCCAAUGAUCGCAUACGUUCUAGGAGGCGCCGGAGUAUUGAUUUUACUACGAGCAGUCGUAUUAAUGUGUGGUCAUGAUAUCGAUAUUAUCAGAGAACUGAUUCAGACAAUUUCGUACCGUGAUCAGCAAAGUCUACUGCUGCAUGCUCAAAAUUACUGGCAAGUAGAGAAUAAGGAAUUGGGGAGGCUCGUUAUUCUGAUACUUACUGGAAAGAUUUAA